GCCGUAUCAAGACUUAUUUUACCACGUAGCAGGAUAGUCAGUCCAUGCUACGGGGAGACGGUCCGGAUGGGAUUUGAACCCGGUCCCUGCCGUGUGGACGGGCGCCGUUUUUCACAUGCACCACCGGGCCGCCCCAAAUCUUUUAUUUAUAUAACUCUAAAAAAAUUAUUGGAUGUCCCAACUUACAAAGAAAUCCUCGAUAUCCUGGAAAACGUUGUGUAUAUUAUUGUCCCAUUUCCAUUUCUACUCUUGAGGAUUACUCUUGAGAAGGCAGAGCCACAAAAGAAGAAUAUGAUAUCCCUUACCAAUCCAUCGUGAAUAAAGUUCGAAUUAAUGCUUCCAAUGAUGUGAUCGCUGCCAUGAAUCUUUUCUCCGUCAUUAGCGCUUGAAACAUUUCAGUUCAUGUGUCUCCUGUCAGACUCCACUAUCUGAAACACUUACUCGAAUGAAGUAGAAUCCUCAGUACGCAGAUGGAUCGUCCCUUUUCAACGUUGCCCAUUUUCCGCAGAGUGGUACCAAAUUUUACUAUCAACCCAGUGUACACAGUGUACAUUUCGUUGACUAAUGACCUAAUCGUUAUCAUCAAACUUAACCUUCCUAGGUCAAACACUGAAAUACAUGCGACACGAAUACAGCUUACUCAUGUUGAUAAGUUAGUUCAGUUGUUCGAAUCAGUCAGUUUGGUUUCAGCGACAUGUUGAAGACGUUUAACCGUUUUGUGUGCAUUUCCAUACCUUUUUUAAUUACAAUAGCGCAGUGUACCGAUGAAACACGGUUUCCCGAUUACGGAAGUGUAAGAGAAGAUGGUUUAGAUCAACGAAACAAGAGACAAGCAGUGGAAAAUCCGCCUACAUCAAAAGAGAGUGAUGCAAAAUUGUUACAAGAAAUACCGCCAAUGGUAUUGGUCGAAGAUUAUGAUAAUACUAUUUGUAAUGGGAUUCUAGUCACGAAUCGUAUUAUUAUUGCUCCUGCCCGAUGCACAAGUAACAACAAUGUAACAGUGACUUUUCUUACGAAAACAAACUUCCCCAAAGUCAAAGAUAAGGUGCGCUACAUCUUCAAUAGCAGUGUGAACGAGGUACUGUACAGUGUGAGUCAUGUAAUUAAACAUCCUGAAUACAAUAGUACCCUAGAUACGUAUGAUAUUGCAUUACUGAAGCUUAAGAAAAAAUAUGAUAAUGCUGUACCUGCUUGUUUAUGGAUUGACAACAACAUUCCAGCUAAACCAAUUAUUGUUAAGUGGUAUUAUCCGCACAGACGGAUUUUCAAAGACGAGCUGGAAAUUACGAUACUGGAUAAUUUUAACUGCAUGCGAUACAAGCAACCCUUUGAUAGCAGAGCUGAUCUAGCGGAAUAUCAAUUUUGCGUAGUUUCAGAAGAAUAUUACCUUGAACUACCGCUGUAUACGGAUAUGAUCUACGAUGAUUCUAUUAUCCCAUAUGUUAUCGGCUUUAGAUCCUUUCGUUUGGAAGGUCUAUACAAGUUUAACGUAUACGUCAAAAUUUCUUAUUUUGUCGAAUGGAUAAAAGAAUCAAUUCAAGAGCUAGGAGAGAAAAUACCUUCGUCACUGUUGGAUCCGUUGGCGUGCGCUAGAGAAAAUUUAGAGCAUCGCCGUAAGAUCAAUGGUAGUUUACCGCUGGUGAAAAAUAAAACUGUAAAAUACAUGGUAGAAAUUCUGGUGAACCCAGAAACAGACCAGAACAGCAAUUGCGCGGGAGCGCUGAUCAAAGAAGACAUUGUGGUGACGUUGGCGCAGUGUGCUGAAAAUUUAAUUUCCUUUUCUUCCAGGGUAGUUAUGUCUGAUUCAUCCAACAUCACAAUUCGUGACGUCUUUUUACAUCCCAACUAUACGGAAGAUUCACUUUACAAUAAUAUUGCAUUGUUGAAGCUUUCGGAAAAAUGUGCAGUCAAACUGUUGUCCUUCCCUGAAUCUUAUCAAAUUGAACAUAACAAAGAAGUAUUUUUGUUUGGUAAGCAAAGGUACACUAACAGCAAUUUACAAGGUUUCAAUGAUUUAGCAGUGAAAGCUCAAGGAAUUUCGAUUAUCUUCAAUCAUAAAUGCAACCCGACUGAGGAACAAAGUUUGCGACUUUUUAAAGGACUUCAGUAUGAACAUCUAUGUCUUCAAAAUGACCAUUUUCUGCUAGUUCCAGGCAGUUGCGAGGCGAUUCCAGGAUCUCCGGUUGUUAUCUCAGGUAUCAACAGAUCACCAGGAUUGUAUAUGUUUGGGCGCAAUUGUGGCUUUGGGGAACCAGUAAUUAUGGUGCUUUUCUUGGCUCACGAAAAAUGGAUGAAUUCGAUCAUAGAAGCUCCUGCUAGUGGAUCAGCUGUGUUUAUCAUUCCGAACUUGGGGCUUUCUGAUGACUGUACAUAUCCAGACGGAGCGAAAGGCACGUGCGUAUCUCAAACAACUUGCCCACAAAUAAAUAAGCGAGUGCAAAAUAGUUUACCAAUAUUCUUCUGCAAGGUCAGAUCAAUUGUUUGUUGUCUGCAGCAUAACAUAGAGGAUGAAUUCACAUUUGCUAUUAAUCGUUCGUAGAAGAGUUCUUUGAUGUAUUGAAGUGAUGCUGAACUUGGAGCGAUUGAAUGAAGUAUACUUCCGUUCAGGCCAAGGGCAAAUGCAUUGAAAAUUCUAAACAAAAACCACAUCUACAUGUAUGUUGUAACGAUCGACAAAAUUGUUAUCUAUAGUUAUUGCAACUACUAUACUUUGUACUAUUACUAUAUCCGCACCAACUGUUGGUGUUUGUUGAUGCCCAUAGAAAAAAAACUAAUAGAAAAUAGCUAAGAAUCGCAUUGAAACUGAUAGCUAAGAAGUUCUAGCAAUAAUGAAAAAGCUUGAUAAAUGAGAAUAAAAAAAAGCUUUAAAUAAGUGAGCUGUGGUAAAAAACUAAAAAAGCUGUUGUAUGCCUUUUAACAUUCGGAGCGGUUUAAUAGCAGGUACAACUGACUAUUGACCGCGAUCAUGAGGGCAUACAACGAAGGAACGAAUAAAAAUCUGAGUUACCAGUUAUCCUUCGAGCGAUUUCUAGAUAGCUAUUCGUUUUGCCUUAAGACUGCAGUAUCUUGCCGUUUGGUUGGUCUUAGAGAAAUUUCUCUGUAAUGGAGUCAAAAUCACACACCUCAACAACACGUGCAUUUUGGGUUCAAAUCUUAAUGAACUUUCUAUCUCGUAAUAUGAACAGCUAUCUUAAAAUUAUGAACUUAGAACAUAAAUUGUGGGGAGAAGUUAGUAAAUUCGCAUUUUCAGCUGCUCCAAAGAUGCAUAGAUCGUGACCGUUUGAGCUUGUUCUAGAUAAACGACACAGAGAGUUCGCCAUUGUCAGGGUAAACCUCUAAAACUAAAUGCACGUGGAAGCAUAAUUGACGAACAAUACGACAGCAUACGAACAUUGAUAUUCUCCCUAAGUGACUUGUUGAAAUUCGUUUCCAACAUGUCGAUACACAACAUGAAAAGAAACAAAAUGUGGUGAGAAAUAUCAAAACAAAACUUUUUCAAACACUAUCAUCUGUCGGCGGCAACAGAAUCAUUUAAAAAAAACGGUUAAAUUCGUUACGAUAUCAGAUGACAGCUUCAUACGCCAGCGGCAGAUCGAGGACGGUAACGUUUGUAUGCUUUUUUAGGUGUGUGCGAGAAAGAUUUUAAAACCGUCAAUCGCAAACAUUUUACUCGGACAACGGCAAAGAGGUACAACAGAGGUCCAGACAUGCUGGCAGAAAAAAAACGUGUUCUUAACAAAUAUUUAACCUCAAACAUUGCGUUCCCGUUCGCCAAUUCAUUCGCUGACUUUCAAACGGGGUAUGCCGCAAAAAUGAAAGAAGAACCAGAGAAUGAAUGAGAGGGAGAAAUGAAAAAAAAAGAAUAUCUGACAAUGAUUACUGUUCAAAUAUUUACUCAGCAUAAAUACACGGGGCGGGACGAGGGAAAAUAAUGAAAGAAAUGCCGAUACUGAUGUCAGAACAAAAAAAUAAACCCGAUUCAGGUAUGAAUAAAAUUCACGCAUAGCUCAACGUGGCUCAAAAUCCCAUCGUCCCCCGGGCCUUUCCACGUUUAAAAUCAAGGCCUCAUCCAUCCUUCGACGAAUCAAUGUCCCAAUUUUCGAUACAAACACACGUCGGCACAAUUUAUGGAGCUGAAAAUUCUCGCGCAAACAUCAACACAAAACGCUGUGCAGCACUGAUGAUUCCAUUCUCAAAUUGUUCAAUGCUUUCCAGUGCGACCGGGGCCGGAAUAUUUGUGUUUCUCUGUGUGUGUGUGUGUCUGAAGGAUUUUCUAGCAUAAAUAUCAAACCUGAGAGCGAUGAGCAAACGGACGGAGGGUAUGGUAAUGUUCCGGGAUGGGAUGUGGUAUUCACACAUCGAUUAACAGCAAUAUUUCGAAUCAUUUUCACAAUGCCAAACUCAUAAAUAGAUGAAGCUUUCGCUUCACCAUCCAUCCAGUACACACCCCUCUAACGGGACAACCCCUAAGGACCGUUGGGUUGAUUUAUCUCCGGCUUCCUCCUCGUGCCCUUUCCUUCGAUACAAACAUGUGAUAAACAUUCUCCAAAAUAAACCAUUUUCUCGCUAAAUAUGUACGACUGAAUGAAUCAAUAAGCCAAACUUGAGCCACCCCUUGCGAUCGUGCCUUUACCCUUGAAAUACAAACAACAUCGCAUAGUUUAUGCAGCAUUAUUUUGAUAGGAAUUAGCAAAGCCAAAACAGUUCCGAUAUGUGCUGUUAUGUCGAUUUUCCAUUCCCUUAGUUUUCUCUCUUACUCUCUUCCGCUUAGGUGAGGAAAAAGAGAUAUUGGAACAAUUUUCACGCAAAACAAUAUGUACACAUAUUUCUGACCCUGUGUUGUCCUGUACGGUAUUAGCCACCCUUCGAAACAGAAUUUGUCGAAUCGAAAACCUAAUCGAACAGGCACGCAACCACGGGGUUGAACCGGUAAAGGUGGCAGAGCGAUGCAAAUUAAUGAACCAAAUGAGACGGAUGAGCCAAAAUAAUUAUUCCAAACAGCCAAUUAGAGAAGGGUUUAAUGCAGGGUUCCUCCGGCCCAUACCAACCCCGUCGUUCAAUUUAUGCAUUUUGUCAGGAACAGCUGUUGCUGCAGCACAGGCGGAUUACCGGCCACGAAAUAACAAAUCUAAUUGAAAAUAUAAAGAAUGUAGAAAUGCGUAUCGUUUAGGAAAAGGGAUAUUAUUGAAUCUGUUCGAAUUUUUUAGGGCAUUAUUCGUUUAGGAAUAUUCAAUUUAGAACAUGAUAAUAAUUCCUUUUUUCUAAUGAAUUAAUUUUCAUUAUACUAGUAACAUUACUAAAAAUCAAUUCGCAUUAUCGUCCUGAAACUGCAAACGAGGAAAGUUAAAAGUUACAACAAUUUGACAGAUUUCCACGAGCCAUUUGUCAUGCAAAAUACUGGAAAAUCAAAUAAAAUUGCCAUCACUUACACGGGACCUAAAUUAAAUGGUUUCCCUACACAUUUUUUUCCCUCAACUCACUUUCUUCAUUUCAUCGUAAUUGAAAGUUGAAUUGUUUUAGCUAAAGGUCAGGUCUUUCUUGCAAUAGACAUUUGCAGAUUUUGUAGCAAUUCAUUUGCUUUUCUUUUUACUGAUUCGUCCUUUCCAUUUCUGACUUCAGUUGACAUAAGGACUCUUACUUGUUAUAAAAAAAAUCAAAUGAGGUACAAACAAAUUCAAACGAAAUUUCACAAAUUCCACUCACUCAAAACUAAGUCCGAAAACGGGAAAACAAAACCAUGGAGCAGUGACAAGACAAUAGGCAAAAAGGGAUGGGGAGCUCAUAAGCAGACAAAGACAAUUGGAAAGCAAACCCAAUAUCCGCCUACGACUGAAAACGCAAGAAAGAAACAAACAGAUGCAAAAACAACCUGCCCAAACUGAUUGGAUGAACGAGAAUUGGUAAAACAAGAACAAAGAAAAAAAUAACACAGUAUGACAACUUUCGGUUUGACAAAUUUUUGCAAAAAAGCAAACAACUCUCUGACAGCAACCCCGACUGUGUCCAGGGUAUGCUGGAAGGAGGGCAACAACGGCAAAAAAAUUGUCAUUCUUCACAAUUGAUAACGAUCGGUCCUCAUCCACGCUCGUCAUCCAGCAUCCACAACUAAUACCGUUCAUAAAUCAUCCAAAAAUCAUGACAACAGCAGUGAGUACUACUCGGCCCAGAGGCUGUAAAAGAAGAAAUAAGAAGGUGGAAAGGGUGGAUAUAAGAUCGAAAAAGAGCACCGGAUUGUUAUGGGAAUUUUAUGAUGACGAUUUUCUUUUUCGACAAACCUUUUGCCAGAAGGUAUCUGAUUCGCUUCCGGGCUGAAUACGCUAACAUUGCCCGUGUUGCGGAAUAUUUUGCGCCAAAAAUUGAACCGAAAAGCAAGAAUCUUUCGCGAGAGUGAUGUGAUACCGGUAAUGAUGGGUGGAAGGAAUCGGGAAGGGCACGUGAAGAAGUCAAAACAAUGAAGCUUCAAAAAGGCAACAACAAAAAAAAGGUUCAUGUACGUUCCUUUGAUUAAUUGAGUUCAUUUUUCUUGCCUUUUGCGUUAUGUCUGUUCCUGUAAAAAUGGGAAAGAUGGCAGCUUGGACUUUUUUUUUUGUCACCCUGCAGACGUAUAAUUUCUCGUGAGAAAUACGACUUGUUUUGAAUCAGAAAACGAAUAUCCCGAUCGUCUCCCGGGCCUCAGGGAAAUACUUCAGAGGCUUUCCGGUGUCACCUUAAACCUGUCGAGACUCAUCAUUAAAGGGUCAGAUUUAUGUCGAAGGUGUACGGUUUCACACAAUGGAGAGUGUUUGCUCUCUCUUUCUAUCUAUCUAUCUCUCUCUCUCUUUUUCUCUCUCUUUCUCCUUACUUCUACUCUUCCCGUGAUAUAUCUUCUCCACAUCCGAAGAUGCCGAUUAAAACGAUCGCUAUCGAUCGGAAUCCGGGUGUCAUUAAUAAGAAUUCCGUUUCAUUUCUUUUCGGUGACCACUGGCGGACAACAAAAAAUAAGACAAUUGGUGCUUGGUUGGUUAGUUUGUGGAGAAUUUCAGCUUCUUAAUUGAGCUAUGGUUAUGGGAAGUUUCGAAACCACGACACGUAUCCCCGGGGAUUGGUAGCGAAGAAGGAAACUAGAUUAAAAAUACACACAUCCAACACGUCCUAGAUUUGUCGCAGAUAAGCAUCGAUUUAUAGCUAAUGAAAAUCCACUACCAGAUGUACACGCGUGGUCUCCCCCUCCAUUAAGGCUGGGCGGGAUUCGCCUUGCGGGAAUGGAGCGUGCACACUGGGCAGAAUACAUUUUUCUGCCUACCCGAGCGUUACACGUUGGUCGUAAUUUAUGAUCGCUGUGGAAAGAAAAGAAAACCUUCCGAUUCGAUGGCAUUUGCAAAGUGAACCAAACAAAAUACGAAAAAAAAAUAAUAACACUAGUCACAAAAUGUCGAGGAGUUGCUGUAAACUCGGUGUCCGGAGCUGCUCAACGAUCCACACGCUCCACUAGAGCGCUUCUCAACCAACGCAUUCGGUGUGAUAAAAAGAACGACAGUAAAUCUUCCGGCACGACUCAUCCACGUUAGCGAGCGCAGGUCAUUACUGGAGGUGGCCCAAGCUUGAUGGUGAUGUUUAUCAAUCGAUGUGCACGUUUCAACAUCCACCAACAUUAGCUUCAAUUAGAUAUUGGCAAGCAGUUAUGGGCCCAGAACAUCGUGCCGUUUCCACCAAUUCUUGCGCCAAUUCCCUUCCGAUCGGUCGGGGUGGCAAUAAAUUGUUGCACCUUGCCCUAUUCUUUCCCUUGCGUUUCCUUGGUUCUGUAAACGUCACAACACGCAAGCCACUAUCGCAAGCCACAUUCUUGUGCACGCGAAGACACUCCCAACGACAGGACAGGUGUCAGGUUAAAGGAGUCGCUCGUUGCCGGACGCACAGGAUGGAUAAAUAUGAUGGAGCAGUGGGAAGAGGGAACUUCCUACACGACGGUACAAGCAAAAGGGUAACACAACAUGUUCCACCCGGAAUGUUGCAACCGUUCGGCCGAGCAAACAGAUCCGCUUUACGGUGGGAUGCAGUAAGCUUAAAGGUAAGCUCUACGAUACAUCCAUACCCAAGUAUGGAUUGCGUUACAUUGUGCGUUGAUGCGUGUUCUACAUAGAAAAAUAUGAACUACACGCAUCCAGUCAAUCGUUUAAUGUUUCCCCCUCGUGAGCAAUGUGGCAAGAGCGGACGUCCAUUAAUUACGUUACGCACGUAGAUGGCGAAGAGAGCGAGAAGUGGGGUGAUGGGAUUAAAUCUUGAGUUACGAAGCACAAAAUUAGAUGAUCCUUUGGUCUGUAGUUGAUGAAUUCGAACAUCGUAAAAGUGAACACGAAGAAUUUCAAAAUCAUAGGAGUUUCUAGAUAAUCUAGAGAUCUAGAAAUA